UAGUUGAGAUUGUUUGGUUCCCCUUACUUCACAUAGGCAAAAUUACUCUUCGUUAAUUUGGAAACUCUCUUCAAGUAAUUAGUAUCGCUGUUGUCAAAGAAGUUUUACUGUAGGCUUUAAGCAAUCGCAAUUGACAACUGCUGAGCGUUGCUCGGUAGAGAUUACAAAACAACUACAGUACUACUAUUCCUCACUGUCCCUAAAGGACAAUUGAUUCUCAAAGGGCGAAUGCAGGAUAUAUUUUGGAAAUGGCUCACUUAAAGAGGGUUGCCACAAAGCAGGGGAACAACCACUCCAUACUAUCAGUUUUGCUGGCGGUAGAUCUAAACGGGUAGUCAAACUGAUAUCUCAAGUCCAAGAAUGUUGACGAACUUGAGAGAGAAAAAAAUAUGAAAAUAAGGGUGGGUAGCACCCUUAUUGGGCAACAAAAACUAUUAGGAACGGGCCGGCUUUCGGGUCCAAAGGGAUUUUUCCUCACAUUCUGCCUUGCAGAACUUGAGGGAACUGGGCAGCUUCUGCAGAGCUCGCCCGCUUUCACUAUUGUCGUGCUCCAGUAAAGGCACUCGUCGUCCUUGUUUUCCGCUCCGGUUGAUGACGGAGGAGUGGGGCUUCCUAUACCUCCCUUCGCAUGGCAGCUUUAUAUACACGCCGCUCGGGGAGGAGCCGGGGGUGUGUGAAUCCCACACGCCUUCUCCCCCUGCCAUCCGGCGAGUGGCGUUUCCGUGGGAAAGCUUCGUCAUGCUGCGAGCUCUGAGGAGACGCUGGGAGUCGUACAAGUACCGGUUCGUGCCGUGGAUCGCGCUCAAUCUCCGCCACAAGCGCAGAACUUUGCGGUUUGUAUCAGAAGAAUCUAAAGACAAGACAGUUUCUGAUGAAGAUGUCCUUCAAACACUACUGAAAACAUUUAGAGCAUUAUUUGUAAACAACUUGAACAGACAAACACUCCUUCUGAAUUUUCUUCCAGAGAUUAAAUCAAAAUAUCCAGAACUGCAAUCAGAUCAGUGUGAAAUAGCCAAAGCAAUGAAUGACAAGCAGCAGAGACAUAUCCUUAAUCCUGAAGAAGUUCUGUUCAACACACUGGGAUUCAGUAUUACUCGAAGGCACAGUUCAUUGGUUUCUGCUGGCACAGGAGUCUUUGUAUCCAAAGGUUUUGUUCCAAAAGGAACAGUUGUGUCUAUGUAUCCUGGUACAAUCUAUGAAAAGUAUGAGCCUAUAUUGUUUCAAUCCAUUGGCAAUCCAUUUAUAUUUAGAUGUGCAGAUGGGGUUCUUAUUGAUGGAAAUGACAAGGGAAUAUCAAAGGCCAUAUAUAGGUCAUGUAGCAAAAGAGAUCAAUUUGGUCCUUUAAAAAUUAGUGAUGUUUUUUGGCUUACCAGUGAUACACAGAAUCCACUGGCAGUUGGACAAUAUGUCAACAAUUGCUCAAGAGACAAAGCAGCCAAUGUAUGCUACCAGGAAUUUGAUGUCCCCAAAUGUUUUCCUAUUGAAUUUAUGCAGUAUCUUCCAAACACAAAAUACAGCCAUGAAGUACAGAGGCCCCUGAGAUGUGUAGUUCUGGUUGCUCUCCAAAACAUUGGGCCUGGUGAAGAACUUUUCUCAAACUACUACACGAUUAUCUUCUGAGUACAAGAAACCAUUUGACAGUCUUGGACUUCUAUAGUAUUUUUACCAAAUGGACAUGUGGUUGAGCAGACGAAUCAUUGGUGCAUCUCUAACUACCGGAUAUGAAAUUAACAUAUGGUUUGACAAAGAGGACCUUGCAAUUUGAUCUGCUGCUGCUGGCUUGUGUGUUGGAUUGCUUGCAACCAUAACUUCAUCUUCCUAUACAGCAAGUUGCUGCUAUGUCUAAGGGCUGGCUUUUCUGUUUUGACCCCAUACAGUACUGAAGGCAUAUUGUUAAACUUGUGAAAUGCUUUGUCAGCUUAAAUAGUUUACAUUUGAAACUAUGUAAAUCACUGGCAUGUUCUGGAUAUAUGUCCACACAACACAGGCAAAAACCCAUUGGGGUGAUCUGCAUAUAGCCAAUGAGAUUGCAUGCAUAAUAGGUGUAGGUUAUAAAUGCAUCAGAAAUAUUCCCAUAUUGUUGGAGUUGGUUUCUCCAACUCAAGGACUGAGGCUUCUAUACAGAAAGAAAGACUAUGUUAUAUGAGCAUACUGUAUGGAAACAUUAUGGUGUCAUUUGUAAUGUCAGUUGAGCAGUGAGUUUUAAUUAGUUUAUUAAAUAACUAGUGCUUAGUUAACUGGUAGAAUAGCAUGUUUUGAGGAUCUUGAGACUUUUAGUUAAGAGGAAGUGAGCACAAAAGUGUUACAACAGCCUUUUCUUCUGGAAAUAAGGAAACAAAAAAAUGCUAGUUUUUUGGUGCACUUGCCAGUUAUCUUAAAAAUAGGUGUGUUUAAAAUUUCUACACAUCAGAUAAUUUUAAAAACAUAUAAAUGAUGAAAAUAAUAUAAACAUUUUUUUUCAAAAGUGUAGCUGUAUUGCCCUGCAAUCCAAACACAAAGAUAAGCCAGUUGUACCAGGUAUGGGAUGAGCAGAAGUCUCUUGUGCCUGCACAAUUGUCUGUGUGUCAGGACAACUGAACCCGUUGGUAUAAUUGCUGUGCUGGCUGAGAUCAAUAGGCAGAGAAGCCAGAAAGGGGGCAGAGAAGAAGAGCAACUGGGGAGGAACCAGGUAAUACCAAAUCUAGCACACAGCCACUAUGCUGGGUUAAAGUGAGGCCAAGGUCCAGAAUUCCUAGGCUUAAAGGAGUUUGAAUGCAACACCGCCUCAGCUAGCUUCAUAUCAAAUUAGCCAGCCCUUAGUCAUCUUGGGAAGUUAAGAUCGUACCUUUCAUAUAUUUCAACGUGCAUAACUGAAACAAAAGGCCCCUUUACCAGACUUAGUUUUCUGCACUUUGUAUGUUCAUUAUCAGUGUUAAUAAUGCAUUUGUCAUUUUCUGUAUCCCAUUUCACUUUGAUUCCUCCCCCAUAGCCAUAUAUACUGUGUAUAUACCGUAAAACUGUGACCUAAAUACUAUAGUUCGUGUGUCUCAGGAACUGCAUUCUGAUUCACAAAACCUCACACUGAACUAGAUUUUGUCUUAAUAGAGCUCCCACACUUGAUGUUUUGUUUUUUAUUAUAUCGUUAACAGGGAACUGAUUGAUCAUUUAGCAUUAUUCCACUAUUUGACAGCCUUCCCUUUUAGCAGUUAGGUAUGCUGCAAUCACGCUGGCCACAUAACCAUGGAAACUGUCUUUGGACAAACGCUGGCUCUAUGGCUUGGAAACGGGGAUGACCAUCGCACCCUAAAGUCGGACAUGACUGGACUAAAUGUCAAGGGGAACAUUUGCCUUUAUGCUGCAAUACUUCAAUUGCAAAAAUAGUUAUCCCUGCACUGUUAAGAAAAAAUUGAAGAAAAAACUAGAGGGCUGAGCAAGUCCGCACAUGUUGUCCAUAUCUACCACAGUCAGUUUUCAUUUGCAGCUACUAAUGUUACAGGAUAAGCUACAUGACAUUGCAGUCUUAACUGUGCAGAUUGUUUUUCAAAAAUUUGCAAUUUUUUCUCUUAAAUUCACUUUCCCA